ACACAAGGGGAUAAGGGAUUUCUCCAAGUAUUUAGCCACAUGUGUGGAGGGUUUUCUUCCCUGUCUCACGUGACUCAAGGCAGCCGCUCAAACACAUUACACAAUAAUCAAAAAAUGCCUCUGGCAAAGCUGAGCCAAAAAAACAAGCUGCUGGAAGAAACUGGGAUGCAAAUGCAAGGCAGCCACUUCAGCAAACUAUAUCUGAGAAGGCACGCUUCAUUUAAAGGAAGUGCUUUGUGCCAGUAAUUCCCAACAAAAGUGGACAACAAGGUCCGGCUGAAGAACAUUUGUUUUAAGAUUCAGCAGAUUUCUGACUGGAUGUCAGGCGCUGCUUGAAGAAAGUGGUGCUGGUAUCACCAUGAUCUUCCUUUUUCUGGUUGCCUGGAUUGCUCCCUGUAUAGUUAAUCAAUUUCUCAGUAGCUUUGCCAAAGCAGACGUUCAGAAAAAUUCCAAGGAAAUAAUUUGCAGUGUGCUAGGACCACAAGGCCCUCCGGGUGCUCCCGGAGCUCCGGGUGCUCCUGGGAAUAUAGGGAGGAUGGGUUUUCCAGGAAAAGAUGGACGAGAUGGAGAAGACGGACAGAAAGGAGAGCCAGGGGAUGAAGGUACCCAAGGCAGGACGGGAAAUCCAGGCCAGCCAGGAUCAAAAGGGAAACCAGGAGCCAUUGGCAAAGCUGGUCUCCGUGGUUUAAAAGGCCCCAAGGGCCCCACUGGAAAAAGCGGGGGCCCUGGAAAGAAAGGUCCCCGAGGAGGCCAAGGAGACCUUGGGAUGUCUGGCCCCUGCAAAUGCAAUGUCAAGAAAGCCAAAUCAGCUUUCUCUGUUGCUGUGACCAAAAGUUACCCAAAAGAGAGACUGCCCAUCAAAUUUGAUAGGAUCCUCAUGAAUGAAGGUGGAAAUUACAACGCUUCCAGUGGGAAAUUUAUAUGCAACAUCCCCGGCGUCUAUUAUUUCACUUAUGAUAUCACACUGGCCAAUAAACACUUGGCUAUUGGGUUGGUGUAUAAUGGUCAGUACAAGAUAAAGACAUUUGAUGCCAAUACCGGGAAUCAUGACAUUGCUUCUGGAUCGACAAUCCUUUCCCUAAAGCAGAAGGAUGAGGUGUGGCUGCAAAUAUUUUACUCAGAACAGAAUGGGCUGUUCUAUGAUCCCUACUGGACAGAUAGCAUUUUUACUGGCUUUAUGAUAUACGCUGAUCAGGAUUAUCUCAAUGAUCUAUAAAGGGAGCUGCCAAUCUCAAUCAACUUAAUGGGAGACAAGAAGCAUGGGAAAUUAUGUACAUUUAUCUUUGAAAAAGUCCUUCAGCCACAAAAGCAGGCCUAAGAGGACAAUGGCCUACAACUCCUCCAAUAUUUAUAUAAUUAAUCUAAACCUUGGGGUUUCUUUGUCUCAGAUGGUACAGACGCUUUAUUCUUUUUCAUAGACAUGCAUUCACAAAUGAUUUCCAAAUGAGAAGGAAGGGGAGAAAAAGAGAUAACUUUUUAUUGGUGGAUAUGACUCCACGAUCUGGUUGGGAAGCCGCCUGUGGUCCUCAGUAUACGAGAUGCUUAUUAUCAAUGCCCUUUUUCUGCAAAACACAAAAGAAAGAAAUUUUAACUUAUACCAACCAAUACUGAUGCUCCUUCUCUAAAGUAGAAAGAGAUACCGGUACAUAUCCUGUACUGUAAAUGAUGGUCAGACAUUACUGAAACUAGAGCUGAAUUUAUCUGCCUAUUUUCUGAUUGCCUACAUAGAAGGAUAAUUGCCAUUGAGCGUUUCAGGAAUGUGCCUUUCAACAAUGCUUUCUUUAAUCAGGGAACCCAUAGAUGCAUCUGGAGUUCUUCUGUUGGUAAAGCAUGUGUUCCAUUGCUAGAAGUUAUGGCUACUCCCCUAAAUUUGGCCAUCACUACAGCAAGCCUCUCUUUAUCACCCUACAUGUUUUUAAUAACACCAAAAGGAUCUGAUGUGCUAAAAAAAAUAGUGCUACUAUUAAAAAGUUACAAAUAUUAACAAAUAUUCCAUUUUCCCUGAAAAAUCUCCUUUCUUCUAUGAGCAAAUACAAAUGGUAUUUGGUUGUCAAACCAAAUAAAUAAGUCAGUAGAGAAUUAGCUUUAAAAUGUUUAAAGAAUCAAAUGUGCCAUUGAUUAUUCUACACAUAAUUCUGUUUCAUUAGGAACUAAUUAUAUGUUGGUUAACAAAGCAUUAGAGGGAGGUAUAAUUGGAAUCCUGUAAUAAUGGCUUGAUCUAAAGCUCUCCUGAGAAGGGGAUACUAGAUUUACACUCCAUUAUUGCCUGUUCAUGAUGCCAGUACUCACGGGCAAAAUAGAAUUAAUUGGACAAUUUUAUACUGCAAUAGCAUGUUAGUGCUGCAGACUACAAUAGUACAAUAGCAAGAAAGUUAAAACGGGGAAAGGCUACCUUAAUCUAGAAUCUAAAUUUUUCUGAUUUUUUAAAUAUUUAAUUUCUUAAUCUCCCUAUUCUUUCUAAGCAUUGAGAAUUUAUUUUCAAUUUGCCUUAAACCAUUUCAUUUGGAAAUACCCAAAGCUAAGGGAUAGCCAAAUACUUGCAAUUGCUCUUGACUUGGAUUGACCAGGAGAAAGGGUUUGUUUGCUUAACAGUUCAUUAACAAAGCAUUGUUUUGAAAGCUCUAGAAGACCAUAUCCCCAGAUGGUUUCUUAUAACACACAAUUUUUUAUUUGUUCAUUUUUCUACUUUAAGUCUCUGUGGUUGGUAGAUAUUCUCAUGAAUGGCUCUAUGGAAGCAAUGUACACAAAAAGUCAGUAUUUUACAGCACUUCGGGAUCAGACCCAAGCCAGACUAAUUUCAAGAUUUCAAUACAUUUUGGGAGUUUUCUGCUCUUUCCUCUCCUCUCUUUUGCUAUCCUGCCAGGUACCCAAAGGAUCUGCCUGGGUACGUAGGACAUAGCCAUCUCCUCCUGCCCAUCUCUCAUUCACAAGGAAGAAAGGAGAACCUUCUGCUAGUCUUAAGACCAGAGUGUGACUAUUUAACAUGCUCCUGAAACAGCAGAAAAUCUCAUCCAAGAGCUGAGAGCUUAACUUGGUUAAUUCAUAAUGUUUUCUAUGGUUUCUCAGCUGCAGGUUUUUCAUUCAUGCCUUAAGUUAUGCUUCAGACAUUAGAUAAUGAUAUAUGUGGCCAGAUUUUCUAAGUCAGGGUUCCUGAUUUCCCAAAACCUAAGGGAUAGCCAAAUAAUUGCAAUUGCUCUUGACUUGACAGAGGCUUCACCAGGAUUUUCAAUAAACUAAAAUUAUUCAGGAAGUUAUAGUCAUGUUGUGAAGCCCUUCAUAAAUGUUUAAGAACAUUUAAUGAAUCAAAGCAAACUAGAAUCAAACUACAAGCAUUUCAUUUUUUUCAGAGAUCUCUCUGACCACAAAUCUUUAAAUAAACCAGUAGGCCAAUUUAAAUCAGGCUCUGUUAAUAUCGUGCUGUGGACUACAGGAUAAAAACUGCUGUUAUAACAAGGAAUACUAUAUGUUAUGAUAAAAAUUAAAAGAAUUUAAUUAAAAGCUAUUGAAAAGCCAUUUAUAAAGUAUACUAACAGGGAGUACAGACCACAAUAAUUUAUUUUCCUGUUAAUAGCACGAUUGAUUUUACGCAUUUCCCAUGCUAAGGAAGCCAAUAGUAGCUUUUCAGCUAGCAUUUAACACCAAUGUAAGAAUUGAAUUCAAGAUCAUGGGAACAGAACACCUAACAAAUGGGACAUUCAAAUUUCAGAUAUUUGAAUAAAAAUCACCUGUAUCACCACAAAAUAACCCUAUCAGCACAACCUGCAUUUUUAUAGAUGAAGCAACAUUUAAGAAGCCUAGGACUGAACAAGGCAUUCAGCUACCAUAAUAUGCUUUGAAAUCGUGUUUCAAAAUUGCCAUACUGUAACUUCCUAUUAGAUCACCAUAUAGUCAUUUAGGGACCUUCCAGACAUCUAAUAUUUUUCCCAUUACAAAAUGUGAUAUUAUAUGGUUUGUCGAGUGAAUAUCUCCAACGUAUGGGAUAUGCUACCUAAAUUUUGCUUUGAUUUAACAAUGUUAAGUAAUCAAUAAUUACA